AUGUACCAAAGUGUCGUCCUUCACUACUCAGUACUCCCCCGUCCUUUUUCCCGCCGCCGCCCUGCACUCACAGCUACUUCUUUCGCCGCGCCGGAUAUGUACCUUGUUGCCGUCGUUGUCUCCGUCUCCAGAAACCCAUUGAAAAAAGAUAUAAGUGAUGGGGAAGAUGGUGGUGGUGGUGGAAGGAAAAGUGGUGGUGAUGGUGGAAGGAAGGGGGAGAAGGCAGUGCGUACCGUGGCCGUGGACUGGUGUAUCAGCGUGACCGAGCCGUGGGUGGUCUGGCGAAGCUCAAAAUCGGUGAAGGCCCGAGAAAGAGAGAUGACGGGGGAUAUUGAUGGUGGUGGUGAUGAUGAUGUGUUCUAUGUCCUGGAGUCUCAGAAGUCCACGGAAGAUGAGAUGUUCAAAGCGUUGACAGUCUUACCCAUCAAGUCGAUGUGCGGAUACAAGAUCGGAGCCGACACAUGGCGCGAGUUCUACGGCCAGCUUCGACUGAUCAAGCGCUCCAAACUGUUGGGUUACAGCGGCAGCUACUGUGACUUGGGCAAUAGAUCUCUUACUGGCCUAGGCGUCAACGUGAUUACGCUCAAGUGGUCAAUCCCUUUGGUGCAACUUAUGAGGGACAUGUUGAACGAUUGGUCGGCCUCGUCCAAGGCCAUCCUGAGGGCCGAGAUCGGGAGUUUGACUUUCCGGCCUUUUAUCUUGCAGCAAAAGCAAUUUCUAUAA